CGAAAAUGUGAAAAAAAUUAUGAAAGAGAACUUGAUGGCGAAGUGAAAAUAGUUUUUGAAUGUGAAGAUGUCAAACCUGAAGUGGAUUCGUCAGCAGUUAAAAAGAUUGAAGAUUAUUCUGAUAAUCACUGGCAAUUUAUGAAAUAUGGAGAUGUUUAUGCAAAUCUUAAAAUGAUUAAAAUAGAACCUUUAGAUACAGUAAAAAAAAGGAUUUGGCGAAGACGAUGCAAACAAAUUGAACAUAAAUUUGAACUGUGACCAAAAUAAAAAACAAAAAGUGAAAGAAAAGUUAACCUACAACUGUGGUACAUGUGGAAAAACGUUUAAACGGAAAUCUCAUCUAAAAAUUCACGUCGAUUCUAUGCAUAAUAAAAUUACUCAUAAAUGUGAUAUAUGUAUGAAGACAUUUACACGCAUAUGCAUGUAAUAUAUGCACGAAGACAUUCACACAAAAAGGUAAUCUCCAAAUUCACAUCGAUUCGGUACAUAAUAAAAUUACCCAUAAAUGUGAUAUAUGUAUGAAGACAUUUACACAGAAAAGUAGCCUCAAAUCCCACAUCGAUUCAUUGCAUAAUUGUAUCACACACGAAUGUGAUGUAUGCGGCUAGACUUUUUCACAAAAGGGUCAUCUCAAUAUGCAUGUUAAAUCAAAGCACAAGGGUAUCAAAUAUCCAUGCGAUUUAUGCGGAAAGACUUUUGUACGCAAGUAUUAUCUCCAAGUCCACAUCGAUUCGGUCCAUAAUAAAAUUACUCAUAAAUGUAAUAUAUGUAUGAAGACAUUCACACAGAAAAGUAACCUCAAAUUCCACAUCGAUUCAGUGCAUAACUGUAUCAUACACGAAUGUGAUGUAUGCGGUGAGAAAAAACGAGCAUUGGUUUGAUUCAGCAAAGUCUUGCAGUGAUUCAUAGUGGCGAAAUGUCGGCUCUAAGAACCGGGCUCUGCCGACCCGGGAUAAUCAUGUAUCUGGCCGUCGUACUUCUCCUCGUUAUCAGCAGCACAUAUUCCGCACCUGUCCAAGAAACAGAAACAACACAGAUAGCCGAAUACGAUGGAGGCUGUUACUACAACAAUCAGCGCUACCAAGAAGGUGCAAGAAUUAUCACAAAUGAACCCUGCUUAAAUUGCACGUGCCAUAACCGCAUGCUCCAAUGCUACCUGCGAGUCUGUCCCUUCACGAAAGCGAUCGGCCAAGAUUGCAUGGUGGAAAAGCGACCUGACCAGUGCUGUCCAGUCAUCACGUGCCCCGAAGUACUGGUGCAGCUGCUGACUUCGACGACGAGCGCGCCUUCGAAAGAACUGCCAGGUCCGACCGACGUUGGCUUCCCCGACACUUACGGCUGCAACGUCGACGAAAGAUUCUACGCCGACGGAGCGCAGAUGCCCUUCGAUCCCCGUAAUCCUUGCGAACUUUGUUAUUGCAUACGCAACAAGACGACCUGUCUUAUGCAACAAUGCACCCUCAGCGUCGCUGGCUGCAAGCCCGUUUAUCAAGAUGGAAUUUGCUGUCCAGUCAAGUACAAUUGCGAAUACGAAGAUAUGGACACGACUCCGGGUCUGAUCAUGACAACGACUUUGGCACCACGCGAGGAGCCACCGCAGUGCGAUCACGAGGGUAAAAUGUACGAGGACGGAGAACUAAUUUACACCAUUCAGCCGUGUCAGCAUUGUUAUUGUCUGCACGGCAAGAUUGCCUGUGCCGUUCAGGAAUGCGAAAAACCAAUGGAGUUCCAUGGCAAAAAUUGUACAGCUUUGCCACCGCUUGAUAGCAACUGCUGUCCAACUUAUCAUUGUGCUCCCGACAAUACAACCAUGGAAAUUCUGGAAAUAUUCCCCGGUGCUGAUAACUCAAUUCCUGAAGAGAUUGUUGGUGCUGAGCAACCCACGAGUGAUGGUUCAUUAUUAGAAUCUUCAUCGAUUGGAAAUGAAAUUCCCGAAUCUAUACCGACCAAAUCUCCCGAGGAUAUUUCUGACAGUUCAACUCAGCGAGUGGAUAAAGAUCAACCAGCUCAAACCGAAGCACCAAUCGAACCGAUUGAGGAUCGUUCGGAAGCCCCGAUAGACACAAUUCCUAAAACAGACAAUGAAAUUUCUCGACCCUCGCCUGGUUCUUCAGAACUUCCUUCGCGGUCUGAAGAAGAAUUAGUGAAUAAAAUUGCAGAAUCGUCAACGGAAUCUGAGGCCGAAAUGAAACAAUCUACUGAAGCAGAUGCGUCGGUAAUUCAUCCCGAAAUUACUACCACUAGUUCCGCUGAAAAUGAAUUUACAAAUGCAGUUGUCAUUGAUGAAGUUUCUGAAACAACGAAGACUCCCAUCAGUGAAAGCUCAAUUAUUGACCAUGGAGUAAAUGAGUUUGAAAAAGAGUCUUCUACUUUAAAUACAAAUAUGAAUAAAGAAUCAGAAGUAUCUAGUGAAUCUUCUAGUCCAGGUAGCUUAGUGACGACUCCAGAAGCUAACGAAAUAAUCGAAUCGAUAACUACACAAGACCCAUAUCAAACAAUGGAAGAAGAAAGAACUACCAUUACUCCAGAUAUUAAAAUUAGCGAAAUUGAGGAAAAACCAGCUCCGACCUUAGAUCAAGACAAUGUAAUGCCAACUGCCACUGAAGAUGCCCUUGUGAUUUCUGAAAUUUCAUCGGUGCGUCCUCGAGAUGAUCAUACACCAUUCCCCAUUUCUGAUUCACCGACUACAGUAAUCUUCGAUGAUAGAAACGAGGAAAUACCUGCAACAACACCUUUCGCUUCGGUCGAAGAAUCACACGUAGGAGUAACCGACAAAUCUAUUAUAAGUGAAUCAUCAGAGCCUAGCAUAAUCGAAGGAGAAGACAAAAUUCUCACGAUUAAGGAAACUGAAACUAGUUCGGAAAAUCCAGAGGAAACUUAUGAGUCAACAGAACCUGAAUUUUCAACGAAACCAAAUGUAUUAGAUGAAUCUAAAUUAGAAGAUUCCGAUCUCACCAAUUAUACAGAUAGGUCUGUUGAAUCUGAAUUUAUAACGACUCCGGGAUCAAGAGACGAAUCUUCAUCAAGCUCUACAAAUGAUGAAGCUGAAGAACUCGAAAUUAUGACAACUCUCAGUCCAGAAAUUAUUUCAUCGAAUGAAGACGACAAUUCAAAUGUUCCAAACUUCACUGAAUCAUCGACACAAACACCAGUUGACGACAAGUCUGGAACUUACGAACAAGGAUCAACGGGUAUACCAAUCCCAGAAAGAGUUCCUGAACAUAAAGCUGAAGACAAUGAUGCUGUGAUAGAUGAAGUAACACAAAGCUAUCUUCCAAUGGGUAGUGACUCACCACAAGGUGUGAAUAAUAUGCAACCCGAAACUUUUGAAACAAGAUCAACAACUUAUUUACCACCGUUGAGCUCAAGCAACGAAAUUGACAGACAGCCAUCUACACCAGUAUACGAAGACCUUCCCAAAGAAGAUUCAAGUACAGAAUUUACAACACCCGUUGUCAUUACUCCCAAGGCUCCAUUUGAACAACCACCUUCCGAAUCCUCGAUAGAUUCUAUCGUUGACUCAAAUACUGGUAUGACUGAAAAACCAAGUGAUGAAAAUGCCAAAGAAAUGACUACACUGCCAAGUCUAGAAAAUGAAAUAAAAGAAACCGAAGAAGUUCCGCGCGAAGAACUCCCUAAACACGAAAGUACAGACGAUUUUGACAUGACGACACCGAUUGUAGAUACUAAGGUAUCUGAAGACGAGAAAGAAAUUAUGCCCCCAACUUCCGGUGAAGAAAACACAAACGUGUCAGUCGGAGAUAAUGCUAUUGUUAGAGAACCAGAAACUUCUCCUAAAUACGACAAAACCGAUGAAUCCAGCAUGGUUGGACCAUCUAGCGCAAUGCCAGAAAUUGUUGAUCCUGAAAUUAUCGAGUCUCAGACGAAUGAUCCCAACAUCUCCGAAACUUCCGAAAAAUCACCGGAAGAAAUCGAUGUCAACACAGCCCCAGCUAGUGUGAGUACAGAAGCAUCCGAGCAAAUAGUUCCAGAUGAAGCAGAAGAACCACAGAAAUUACCAGAAGAUCUUCAACCACCGAUUACAUCGAUACCUUUAGAAUCUUCGACUGAAAUUUCCAACACCCCGGUCGAAGAUGAUUCUAAGAUCGAAGAGCCAAGUGUACCCAUCAGCCCAGAGUCAACUCAAUCUCCCGAAAGUAUGGAUAAAUCUGAAGAAGAAUCUAGUCAUUCUCAGGAUACAAACGAAAUAUUAACGGAGAAUCAAUCAUCUGGAAUUCCUGGUGAAGGAAAUUGUCUCGUUGACGGACAGUCUUAUAUCAAUAAUUCAGCGAUUCCACCUGCGAAUCCUUGCCAAAUCAGUUGCCAAUGUGUCAGUAGUAUAGUCAAAUGUGAAAUUAUCAAAUGUUCGCCACCUCCUGCAGAUUUAACGAACUGCUCGAUGCUCUCCGAUCCGAACAUGUGUUGUCCGAUUUACACGUGCAAUUCUGCUCCAAGUGUAGAAUUACAAGUGAACAAUCAAAUGUCGGAACAGCAUACUCCAAAAUACGAAGAAGAUAAAUCUCAACCAACGGAAGGUUUGUCAGUCGACGGCACAACCAUUACUCCUGAAAUUGUAUCAACCCAAGAAGAUAAGGCAUCCUCGGAUCAAUCAAACAUUCCAGAUAUGGAAAAAGAGUCCUCAACACCCAUGCCAGAAAUGGAAGAGAAGACACCAAGCCCAAUCAACGAGGCAGAAAAUAUCCCAAUAAGUACCGAGGGGGCUGAAAUUGACAUAAGAGGAGAUGGAUUAUCAUCUACACUUGAACCAGUUUCACCUACGGAAUCAAACGAAGAUAAAAACAUCGUGGAUGUAGAAACGAGCUCAAAGCAAUACGACACUACUGAACCUCAAGUUGAAUUGACUGAAAGUACGACUCAUCUACUUAUUGAAUCUUCUUCAUCCACAGAAUCUCCAAUAAAAACAGAACAAGACAGUUCAUCUGGAGAAAUUAAAUCAGAAAUUGAAAGAACGACUGCAUCCGGAGUCAGCGAAAACAAUGUCGAUCAAGCUGAACAAACAACUGUUGCAUUCGAAGAACCUAUUGUAACUACUUUCAGCAGUGUAUCAAUGGAUGAGUCAACGACGGCUAAGCGGAUCGAUGAAAUUAUCUCCGAAGAUGAGACAAAACCAUCUUUGUAUGACAAAAAUAUCGGCUCAACUUCAAUUCCAGAUGAAACUGUAGAGAUUGUAACAAAAACAAGUCAAGAUAUGGGAUUGGAAAAUGAAAUUACUACUCCCGCAUCAGGCUCUCUUCCCGAUGAAGUUUUACAAAAUGAAUCCACCCCAUUGCCAGAAACUCUAAAACCAGAAAUACCAUCGAGUUCGAUGGAAGAAAAGAGUCCAGAACAAGAGCAAACACCUACCGAUGCUACAAUAAUGAGGGACGAAUCUUCAACUGCGUCCGGAUUAGAUAAUACAUCCGCGUACAGUACGUCUCGAUUUGAAGAAGAGUCAUCGUCGGUAGCCUAUACCACGAGUGACGAGGUUUUGAGAGGUAGCUCCGAGGCUUCAAUCAUCGCCAGUGAUGAAUCUUCAAAGGCCCCAGAAAUCGAAGAGACGUCUACUCAAACUUCAUCUACGAUCGACGAAACUAUUGCAAACAAAGAUCUUAGCGAAGUUGUUCCUGGAGUUUCGUCGGAAACGCCAAAAGAAGAAGAAUCUACAGAAACAUCCAAGAUUGCUGAAGAACUCGAAAAAACUAGCGAGGAGACAUUUACAGUAACACCAAAAUCAGAGACAACCGACAGUGCAGUAAAUCCAACCGAACCUCCAGUUGUUGUCGAAGAUGUAGUAACUACUGAAGCAGAGGCAAAAACGACUGAAUCGUAUGUUAGUUCGUCCGAAUCAGCAACAACGGAGAAGUCAAGUACUGCGAUCUUCGAAGAACCAUCGAGUACGCAAGAAACAAUACAGGAAUCCGAAAUUCCUAAGGAAACUUUAGAUAACGAAUCGUCCACGACCAUCGAAUCUAUCAAAAUUGAAGCAGAACCCGAGGAGCAAACUUCGGCAUCGCCUAUUGCUCCGAGCGAUUCCUCCGAUGUCGUCUCUACCGACGAGAUGAAAGAAAUCACACCUCAAGAUGUCGCGACAAUGGACGUCACUCCAACCAUGCCCAGUUUCAGUGAAAAACCAGAAGACAGCCAAGUGAAACAAGAAGCAUCGACGGAAUUCAGCGCACCGAGCACGGAAUCGGCAUCGUCGAGCGAAGCCAGCUACGUGAGCAGCACCGAGGAAGAACAGCACCCGGUCGAUUCCCAAGCGAUCGACGAAAUGAGUCACGGAUCGCACGAGGAAGAGACAGCCCACAACGAGCCCGACGUCAACGGCGGCCAUAAGAGACCCGCCGGCCCCGACGAAGGAAUCGUCGAGUCCAACAGUCCUAGUGACUUCCCGCCCGAGAGCGGAGACAUCACGCCCUCGGAUCCGGACGACUACGACGACACCAGCAUAUUCGGCCCCGGCACCUGCCGAUACGGCGGCAAAAUCUACAUGUCGGCUCAGCAGAUCCCGCGCGACGAUCCUUGCGACUUCUGCUUCUGCUUCCGCAGCGACAUAAUCUGUCUGCAGCAGAGCUGUCCACCGCCGAUAUCCGCCUGCACGGAGCAGCCGAUUCCCGGCUUCUGCUGUCCCAGAUACUCGUGUCCGGUCUCGACGGGUCUCGCUUACAAUUCGACGACGACGACCACUACAACGACGACGACGGUGUCGCCUCACUUCUACACCAACACGUACAAGGGAAGCGUCAAUCGCGGAGGAUGCCAAGUCGGAAACCGAACCUACCGAGUCGGCGAGGACAUUAGAACCAAGUCCGGACCCUGCAUGAGUUGCAUCUGCGGCGGGGACGGCAAGAUGCAGUGCGAGCCCAAGGCGUGCUCGGCGAGUCCGAUGCUGAAGGAAAUGAUAGCGCACGCCGCUGCCAGGAAGAGGAGGAGAUGAGCCAUUUAUUAAAGUAAUAAUUCGUUAGAGGCAAAAGAACUUGGAUUCAACGGGUUACGUUGAAAAUUCGACUUGAAGAAAAUAAAGGGGGGAAUAAAAAAAAAACAAAGUACUGCGGCGAGUAAUAGGCGUUGUACAAAAAUAAUCGAAUGCGAGCGUGAGUGGAUCGAAUGAAUGAAACGAUUGAAUGACUCUUCGUUGAAAAAGUGCGCGAGUAAGUGUGAAUUGAAAUUUUAUAUCUACCUCUGUAGAAAUCGCCUUAGACAAAGACAAUUAAUUAGCAGGCGAUCGCGAACUGAGUGGCCAAAAUGUAAACGUUUUAUAUAAAUAUUAUAUUGUUUUAUACAU